AUGCUUAGGGGAGACGCACUAAAGGGCGAGCUAACCAGUGGGGGGGACAAUGACGAACUGGUUACAGCCAAGCAACUGUUCGCGACGCAUUUGAAGGUAGACGAGAAGACCAAGCAGCUGUACAAGCACUUCAAUGUGGAGGAGUAUGUGCUUGAUGUUAUGCGAAGUAAGGGUGCGGAGAAGGGCGAUGGUGAGGAAGAACAAAGUGGAAAAUUGGAAAAGGCCAACAAGGUCGGAGGUGCGAAUGGUGGAGCAGAAAACGCAAACGAUUCGAAAGGAGGCAACGAAUCCGAUAACGCCAACGAAGCCGACAACGAGCACAGCGCGGGCGAUGACACAGACAGUGAAUACCCCAAAAGGGAUGAACAGUCGUACAGAGAAGAAUUACAAUUUGUAAAAUCCAACCCACUGCACUUGAGCAGAUGGUACGAGUUUCUUGAGCUGUACCAAAGGGAAGAAGUGUACGAACUCUUUCUCCUGGUUUUUCCAAGGUGCACAUUAUAUUGGACAAAAUAUGCAGAACUGAAAGUAAAAAAAAAGGAAUAUACAGAAGCGUAUAAAAUAUAUCGUAGAUGUAUUGAUGCUAAUAUCUACGACUUGAAAUUAGUUUUCUCCUUUUUGUACUUUACCUACCACACGUCAUCUAUUCACGAGUACAUCAGUUUUCUCUUCGAGGGACUGAAGUGCGUAGGGACGGAUAUAAAGUCAGGCACAAUAUGGGUUGAGCUGUUAUACAUAUUAAUAAAAAUAAACAACACAAAUUUGAUUCUAAAUAAUGAUAUUCAAAAUUUACUGUUUGAUCCAUUUAAGAUCAUAAGCAGUAAAAAGAGGAAUGAAGGGCCAUUGAUACCAUCAGAAAAGGAGCAAGCUAUAUUUAGCUCCACCAUCCCAAAUAAAAGUGGGAAAACAGUAACCUACACAGAACAUUACACAAGUGAUGGGAAACUUCGAAAGUUUUACCAUUGCUGGUUUAAUAAUCCAACAAAAUAUUUAGAUAAGGUGUGGAAGAAUUUUUGCUCCUACGAAAAAACCAUGACAGAUAAUUUUACCGUUAGCUCAUUAGCUAUCUACAACACGCAAUAUUUAAAUGCGAAGAAUGCUUAUAGAGAACUAUGUGCCCUUUACCAGGAAUUAAAUCUGGACAGGAAAUUCAAAAUUGAUAAAAAAUUUAAGUUAAUUAUACCUAUUAGCAGGAAAUAUAAGGUAGAGAAUGGUAUUCUUCUUCGCAGAUGGGAAAAAAUUAUCAACUUUGAGAAAGAGAACCCUCUGAAAUUGAGCCUGCCUCUUGUACGUAAAAGAAUUAUGUAUGUCUACGAACAGGCCUUGGUCCAUUUACAGUUUAAUGCUGAUUUGUGGUUUUCGUAUUUCCAAUUUUUGCUACUAAGUAAGAAGUUUAACUAUGCCAUUAGGAUUAUGAGAGAGGCCAUCGAGGUUUACCUUCCAUUUGAUGAAUUGUUGAAGUUAAAUUUUGCUUACUUCUUCGAAAGACACGCGCUAAUAAAUCAGGCUCAUUUCGUUUAUCAGCUUAUGCUUGGUGAAGUUUCCAAAAAGAGGAAGCAGUUUUCUCUAUCCUUUUUGCAUUCCAAGAAAGGCUUCAGGAAAGGGUCUUUCGGCCUUGUAAAGAGCAAGGCAGCCAAGAGGAAGAGGAAGGGCAUAGCAAAGGGGGGUAAACGUGAAAGGGGGGAAUCCAGUGAGACGGAUGGUGGACACGAGGGGGAUGACCCGCAUAAUGGCAGGAGCGAUGAAGAAAGGAAGGCGUGUAAAAAAAAGGUAAAAGCAGAGGGCCCGUCUCGGGGUAGGGCAGUCACAGCGGAUGAUAUUUACAACGGGGGGGGCGACGAUGGGAAUGGGAUGAUCCAGCAGGAUAAUGAAGGUAAUAGUGGGGAGGAGGAUCUUAAUGAACGGCGGAACUACUAUGCGACUGAGCAAGGCAGUGGAACCCCCACGGGGGACGCACGCGCAGCGCCCACCACAUGCGAAGACGAUAUCAGGAAGAAAUUUGUGGACUGCGAUUACGAAAAGAUUGAGGAACGGAAAAAAUAUUUCAUAAAUUACAUUAACGUAAACAAGAAAAAAAGGAGAGACUUUGUCUUUACACACUUUUUAAACUUUGUUAAAAGGAAUUACGAUGAAACCAUAUGGAGAUACUACACCGAAAUUGUGCUAAGCGAGAAGAGGUGUUCCCAAUAUGUAUACUAUUACUGUGCAAAUAUGGAAAGAACAAUUUACAAAAAUGAGAAAAGGGCCAUGUAUAUCAUGAAUGAGGGUUAUAAAAAGUACGCCUCAAACAAACGAUUCCUGCUACUUUAUGUUAAGCUUCUACUAGAAAAGGGAAACAUGGACGAGGUGAGAUCAUUGAUCUACAAAUUUGUUCACAAUUUUUAUACAGAUUUUUAUAGAAAGUAUGAGAGGGAACAUAGCAGCAGUGGCAGGAAAAGCUCCAGAUCGAAAUCAGGACAGGGAGAAUUUAACCAGUUCGAUUCCAACUAUGUAAAAUUGUUAAGGAAAAAAAAUAAAGCGUGCGAUAAAAUGUGGACUUUACUAAUGCAGCUGGAAACGCUUUACGGGGACAUAACGAAUUUGAACCGAAUUUGGGAAACCAAAUUGAAAUAUGAAUCGGGUUACAAUUUGGAAGAAAAUAAAAACGUCCUCAUGGAUUUUGACAACGUGUCAAAUGUUAACGAACAUAUGUUUGUGGAAGAUUCUACGCUGACGGAUAUCCUUUGCAAGGGCUAUCUGGUAAACCUAAAAAAAAAUGACAUUGAUAAUCUGCAGCUUAAGGUGAACUUGGUCAGUUCGCAGCAGUUCGGCGGGGCUUCUCUCAAAAAGACCUUCUCCUUUUUCCAAGUCAGUGGUGAAAAUGCUUUUACGGAGUUGAUAAGUCGAAAUGAAUGCGUGGUUAAGGUGCAAAGGGGAGGGAGGAAAAAGAAAAAGGCGUUGUGCCAAGAGGGUGAGCAGGACCAGAAGCAGGAGGACGACGAUCCUGCGACGCAUCCCCAAUCGCAAGCAAAUAAGAAGCAUGUAAGCGAAAGCGACGUGAGCGAAAGUCGAAAUAAUCAAAAAGGGCAACGAGGCGCAGAACGAAUAAAUAACGACCAGCUGCGAAACGCACAUUUGAAAAAAGAAAAAAAACGUUCCACGAAAAGAGGCACAAUGAAAUCCACCUACGAUUCGUUUAACUUUUUGGAUGCGCGAACAAGUGUGAAGAAAAAAAAAAAAAAAAUUCGCAAUAACGUUGCAAAGAGCACGAAAAAUGAGGAAAGCAAGACCGAAGAUAACAACGGCAUUACAGCCGACACAGUGAAUUGUAUCAGUAGACCCAAUUUAAAGAAGAUGCUUCUGUACAAGCCGCUAGAAAAUUAUGAGCAUGUAGAAGUAGAUGGGGGGAAAUUACACGAUGAGGAAAACAUACCCUUGAGUGAAUAUCCCUACUGUGUUAGUAACAUGAAUAGGGACGACAGGGAUUAUUUUUUCAAGCGAGAAUAUUUCAGCAUGCCAAAUGUAAUAAACGACUUUUUAAGUUUUCUACCUGAAGAAAAUGCGGGCCUGAAUAUGUCAGAUAGUUCCAUCGAUUACUUAAUUGCGUCUCUGAAAAAUUUGAGUAUCCCGAAAUUGAAGACAUUUCCCUACGAGCCGAUACCCGUGAAGGAAAUAAUACAGAUAAAGAACGAGCUGAAUGGUUAA